GGAUUUUCCAGCAGUGCGCAUUAAAUUUUGCAAGGCCAAGGCAAAAGAGCUGCCAGGUUGACGCAUCGGACCUCCUUUUUUCCACGAAUUCAUCCGCCGAUAGCGUUGGAAGAGCCUCACCGCUCGCCCCUGCAAAGUAGCCGAGCUGCCACCCGAAACCGCCUCUGCCCACGUCGAGCCGACGCGCGAGCCGCCACCCCCCACUUGCAACCAUGGGCCGCUCCAAGCAAAGCGGCAUGUCGCGUCAGCUCGACUACAGAAGAAUGGCCCAGUCCGAGAAGCAGCGCCAGGCCGCCAUCAACACGCCGACGUGGCUCAAGGUCGUCGCGCACUGCGUACUGACGCCGCGUCUCGAAUCACACAAAACGACGCCAUCAACACUAAAACACGCACAGGCCCGCUUCUCCCUCGUCGUCCUGACCUUCAUGUGGCUCGCCAUCGGGUCCAAGGAGAUCCCGAACAUCGCGACGAACUGGUUCGUCUGCGCCGUCGUCCUCGGUUUGACGCAGUAUCCCGUCAUGCGCGCGCACUGGAAGGAAAGCUACGCGCGCGUCUACGACAUGAUGGGCAUCGACCCGGACACGGGCGAGACCGUCUCCGAGAAGAAGGCGAAGAAGAAACGAUAGGAGUAGUCACACGUAACA